AUGGCAUCAUCAUUUUCAACGCCUACCAAACUCUUGUUCUUAUCAUUGUUUUUGAUAACCAUCAUGGUUUCCAAAGGUCAACAAAACACAAUGGUGUUCUUCCUGCAAGAUGUGGCAACAGGGCCUAAUGCAACAGUUACCCCAGUGACUGGCAUCAAUGGAAAAGUUUGGUCCUACAACACAUUUGGAACCAUAUUUGUAAUUGAUGAUCCUGUUUCGUUGACUACUAGUUUGAACUCCACCCCAAUUGGCAGGGUUCAAGGUUUGCUUAUAGCAUCUUCCUUAGAUGGUACUAAUGUGAAUGUUGUGGUUUCAAUUGUGUUCAACAAUUUCGAAUACAGUGGUAGCACCCUUGAGAUUCAAGGCAUUAGUCGUCAGGGUGAGAACUAUAGAGAGGUCUCUGUGGUGUCUGGUACUGGCAGAUUUCGCUUUGCAAGAGGAUUUGCUGCAUUUGAGACUAUUUCUUAUGAUGAAGCAACUAAACAUUCUAUCAUUCGCUUGAGUAUUAAUUUGGUACAACCUUGA